GCGCGUGCCGGGCGCCUGGGAACGUUCGCCGCGGGGGCGGCUCCGGGGCCUGAGCGGGCGCUGCCGUCGCCUCAGCUGUGGGGUCCGGGCCGGAGUAGGCGGAGGAGGCUGAGGCCGCUGGAGACCUUCUCGAGGCCCCCCAGCUCCGGCCGGGAAGUGAGUAAGGAUGAUUGAGGAAAGCGGGAACAAGCGGAAGACCAUGGCCGAGAAGAGGCAGCUGUUCAUAGAAAUGCGUGCUCAGAAUUUUGAUGUCAUACGACUAUCAACUUAUAGAACAGCUUGCAAAUUACGAUUUGUACAAAAACGAUGCAACCUCCAUCUUGUUGAUAUCUGGAACAUGAUUGAAGCCUUUCGAGACAAUGGCCUUAAUACACUGGACCACACCACUGAGAUCAGCGUGUCCCGCCUCGAAACUGUCAUCUCAUCCAUCUACUACCAGCUGAACAAGCGCCUUCCUUCUACUCACCAAAUCAACGUGGAACAGUCCAUCAGCCUCCUCCUCAACUUUAUGAUUGCUGCAUACGACAGUGAGGGCCGAGGCAAGUUGACGGUAUUUUCAGUUAAAGCUAUGUUAGCAACCAUGUGUGGUGGAAAAAUGCUGGACAAAUUGAGAUAUGUUUUCUCCCAGAUGUCAGAUUCCAAUGGCUUAAUGAUAUUUAGCAAGUUUGACCAGUUUCUGAAGGAAGUUCUGAAGCUCCCAACAGCUGUCUUUGAAGGGCCAUCUUUUGGUUACACAGAGCACUCAGUCCGCACCUGUUUUCCCCAGCAGAAAAGGAUAAUGCUAAAUAUGUUUUUAGACACAAUGAUGGCUGAUCCUCCUCCCCAGUGCCUUGUCUGGCUACCUCUCAUGCAUAGGCUUGCCCAUGUUGAGAAUGUCUUCCAUCCCGUGGAGUGCUCCUAUUGCCGGUGUGAGAGUAUGAUGGGUUUCCGGUACCGAUGCCAGCAGUGCCACAACUACCAGCUCUGCCAAAAUUGCUUUUGGCGUGGCCAUGCCAGUGGCCCUCACAGCAACCAACACCAGAUGAAGGAGCAUUCUUCUUGGAAAUCCCCUGCAAAGAAGCUGAGCCAUGCCAUUAGUAAAUCUUUGGGGUGUGUACCCACCAGAGAACCCCCGCAUCCUGUUUUUCCUGAUCAACCAGAGAAACCACUUGACCUUGCAAAUAUAGUUCCUCCUCGCCCUCUGACCAAUAUGAAUGACACCAUGGUGAGCCACAUGUCCUCCGGGGUGCCCACUCCCACCAAGAGGUUACAGUAUAGCCAGGAUAGACCCAGUCACUUGGCCGAUGAGCAUGCGCUGAUAGCAUCCUAUGUGGCCCGUCUGCAGCACUGUGCACGUGUCCUGGACAGUCCUAGCCGACUGGAUGAGGAACACCGGCUUAUAGCUCGCUAUGCUGCCCGGCUGGCUGCAGAGGCAGGAAACAUGACCCGACCUCCCACUGACUUGAGCUUUAACUUUGAUGCCAACAAACAACAAAGACAGCUUAUUGCAGAACUGGAAAACAAAAACAGAGAAAUCCUGCAGGAGAUUCAGCGUCUCCGUCUGGAGCAUGAGCAGGCCUCCCAGCCCACCCCUGAGAAGGCCCAGCAGAACCCCACAUUGCUGGCAGAGCUGCGGCUGCUGAGGCAAAGGAAAGAUGAACUGGAGCAGAGAAUGUCAGCGCUGCAGGAGAGCAGGCGGGAGCUGAUGGCUCAGCUGGAAGGGCUGAUGAGGCUAUUGAAGGAGGAAGAGCAAAAGCAGGCAGCUCAGGCCACAGGAUCGCCACAUACAUCGCCCACUCAUGGAGGCGGCCACUCAAUGCCCAUGCCCGUCCGCUCAACAUCUGCAGGCUCCACCCCCACCCACUGUCCACAGGACCCACUCAGCGGAGUCGGGGGAGACAUGCAGGAGGCCUUUGCACAAGGUACGAGGAGAAACCUCCGCAAUGACCUGCUGGUGGCCGCUGACUCCAUCACCAACACCAUGUCAUCCCUGGUGAAGGAGCUCCACUCAGCAGAGGAAGGUGCAGAGGAAGAAGAAGAGAAGAUGCAGAUUGGGAAAGACAGAGGUUAGCGGAGGAGCCAGGACAGAGAGGAAGCGCGGCACAGGGGACGAGGAGCGAGCUGGCAUCGACAUGAGGAAGGCGAGGUCCUCCCCUAGAGGCACAUUCCUAUUCAUCUUUCCGCUGCACACCUGGACCAGGCUUGCAGGCUGCCAGCAGUCACCGCACGCCAGGGAGAGGAGAGCCCAAGCCGGUGGGGAGUGGGAGGGCCCUCCCGAUGCUGCUGUUGGUGGGCCUCCCCCUCGCACAGUCCUGCAUGAACUAGCAUCUUCAUCACUCCCCUCGGGGUAUGGUCUCAUCUCUGCAA